UAUAAUACACAAUUUGUCAAAUUAUUAGUUGAUAAUUUAUAUUAUAAGAGGGCUCUGAUAUCGAAAAACACGUGAUGAUAAUAGUUGUGCUGCUACUUGUUUAUUUACGCGAAUAAGAAUUUUUUUUAUUUAUUAUUAUUAAACAUAAUGACAACGAUCGUUAAAUGUUUUCUGUAAUAUAAUUCCCGCCAAAUUUUUUACAUUGUGGCGCUAUUAAUUGACAUUGCUUUUAAUUUUGUUAUGUUUUUUAUGAUCUAAUAUCAUGUUUCAAAUAAGUAUUAACUAUCAUUAAAAAUAAAAAAAGAUUAAACAUAUGUUUUAUAAUUUAAAUAAAAAAUAUCAAAAAUGGUUCGUCGAAAAAGUAAUCCGAGAUCAAUUGAUGAUCCACAAAGAUCACCUAGUGUAAAGUCUAGACCAAAUAUAUCAGCAAACAGACGUGUACUUCGGACGACGCGAGCUUUAAAAGAAAUUCGAUAUUUAAGAAAAACUGUAAAGUUGAUUAUACCAAAAGCUCCUUUUGCUCGUUUAGUUAGAUAUAUUAUUAUAGAUUUAUUUCCUAAUAGUGACGUAGACAGAAUUCAAGCAUCUGCACUUGAAGCACUGCAAGAAGCAGUUGAAGCAUAUAUUGUUCAAUUUUUUGAAGAUUGCACAUUAUUGUCACAACAUGCAAAACGUGUAACUCUUCAAAUUCAAGAUGUAAUUUUAUUGCGUCGACUUAGAGGAAGGGAUGAUAUUAUAAAUAGAUAAAAUAAUUUUAUUUUUAAAUUCACCAUUUGUAUCAUAUAUAAUUAAAUGAACAUUUAUUUCAUAUAUAAUUAAUAUUAUUAAAAAUUUUUAACAAUUUAAUGUAACAAAUUAAACAAUUAAUGUAUAAUAUAAAUAUAAAAAUUGCAAUUUUUGCUCUUUAUGAAAUAGGAGUAAUAUUUUAAAUAAUAUUUUAUAUUUGUAAAAAUGGAAUUUUUAAGUAUAAAUAAAUUAAACUUGUAUUAGUUUGUUCAAUAAGAUUUAUUUUAUAAGAAACAAACUUUUAAUAAAAUUCUUUCACUUUACGAAACUUUGGUAAAAUAUACAUUUUUCAAUUUUUAGACAGGUCUUUAAAAUAUACGUCGAAGCUUCGUAAUUCACUUCAUAUAGAUUUUGUUUGAACUUUCUAUGUACGUACGUAAAAUAACUUUAGUUAAAAGUGAUACAGUAAAAACGAUAAAAUAAUAUCGUAACCAAUUGUUACGUUUAAAUUUCUUUUGUUAUUUCGUGCGGGUUAGCUGCCAUCACUUACGACAUAUAUCAUAAGUGAAACAUAUUAUGAUAAUCUAAAAAAACAGACUAAAAAAUA